UGAUGUGGUCCACGCUCCAGUCGGGCAGAAAGCUGAGGGGGGUAUUUGACAUCAGCACGACCACGGAGCAGCUCUAAAUCUCUGUCCGGAACCCUCAUAAUGCAUGGGGGCAAGAGAGGACUGGUGGCUCCGCAGAACACUUUUCUGGAGAAUAUUGUCCGCCGCUCCAGUGAAACCAGUUUCCUGUUGGGAAAUGCUCAGAUCUUGGAGUGGCCUGUCGUUUACAGCAAUGAUGGAUUCUGCAAGCUGUCUGGAUAUCACAGAGCAGAAGUCAUGCACAGGAGUAGCACGUGCAAUUUCAUGUAUGGUGACCUGACUGAUAAGAAGACUAUAGAAAGCAUCAGACAGACAUUUGAUAACUAUGAGUCCAACUUCUAUGAGGUGCUGCUCUAUACAAAGAAUAGAACACCGAUAUGGCUCUACAUGCAGGUAGCUCCAAUCAGAAAUGAGAAUAACAAGGUGGUGCUUUUCCUCUGUACCUUCAGAGACAUUACGCUCUUUAAACAGCCGAUUGAAGAUGAAGCAACUAAAGGAUGGAUGAAGUUUGCCAGACUAACACGGGCACUGACCAACAAUCGCAACGUGGUGCAGCAGUUAGCACCGCUGAGCAAGACUGAGGUCAGCCAACGGCCCUCCAGACUGGCUGAGGCUCUCCAGCUGGGAUCGGACAUCCUCCCUCAAUACAAACAGGAAGCCCCCAAGACCCCUCCACACAUCAUCCUCCACUACUGCACCUUCAAGACCACCUGGGACUGGAUCAUCCUCAUUUUGACCUUCUACACUGCCAUCAUGGUGCCCUAUAAUGUCUCCUUCAAGACCAAGCAGAACAAUUUGGCAUGGCUGGUGGUGGACAGCAUUGUGGACGUGGUCUUCCUGAUUGACAUUGUGCUUAACUUCCACACCACAUUUGUGGGUCCCGCUGGGGAGGUCAUUUCAGACGCAAAGCUCAUCCGAAUGAAUUACCUGAAGACGUGGUUCGUCAUUGACCUGCUGUCCUGUUUGCCCUACGACAUCAUUAACGCCUUUGAACAUGUAGAUGAGGAUGUCAUCACAUCUGGUUCUCGAUCAAGCCAUCUCCGCGAGUCUUCAAUUUUCCACAGGAAUACCACACGAACAGAAGAUCAUGUACUCCCAGGUCUCAGCAGCCUGUUCAGCUCCCUGAAGGUGAUCCGCCUGCUCAGGUUGGGCCGCGUGGCCCGGAAGUUGGACCACUACCUGGAGUACGGAGCAGCCGUUCUGGUUCUGCUGGUGUGUGUCUUCGGUCUGGUGGCCCACUGGCUGGCCUGCAUUUGGUACAGCAUCGGGGACUACGAGGUCAUCGAUGAGGCCACCAACACCAUUAAGACAGACAGCUGGCUCUACCAGCUGGCUCUGAGCAUCGGAACUCCUUACCGCUACAGCAGUGGUACAGGACAGUGGGAGGGGGGGCCCAACAAGGACACGUUGUACAUUUCUUCCCUCUACUUCACUAUGACGAGUCUCACCACCAUCGGAUUUGGCAACAUCGCUCCGGCCACAGAUGGAGAGAAGAUUUUCUCCGUGGCUAUGAUGAUGGUGGGCUCGCUGUUGUAUGCAACCAUCUUUGGAAAUGUCACCACCAUCUUCCAGCAGAUGUACACCAACACGAACCGCUACCAUGAGAUGCUCAACAACGUGCGCGACUUCCUGCAGCUUUAUCAGAUUCCCAAAGGUCUGAGUGAGAGGGUCAUGGACUUCAUUGUCUCCACCUGGGCCAUGUCUAAGGGCAUUGACACAGAUAAGGUUUUAUCAAUUUGUCCUAAAGACAUGCGAGCGGAUAUCUGCGUCCACCUCAACCGGCAGGUGUUCAACGACCACCCGGCGUUUCGUCUGGCGAGUGACGGCUGUCUGCGUUCUCUGGCAGUGGAGUUUCAGACGACACACUGUGCACCUGGAGACCUCAUCUUCCAUAUCGGAGAGAGCGUCGACACCCUCUGCUUUGUCGUCUCCGGCUCACUAGAAGUCAUCCAGGAUGAUGAGGUCAUCGCAAUACUAGGUAAAGGUGAUGUGUUUGGAGACGUGUUCUGGAAAGAGACCACGCCGGCCCGGUCUUGUGCAAAUGUCCGAGCUUUGACUUACUGCGAUCUGCACGUCAUCAGGAGAGACGCUCUGAUGAGGGUGCUGGAGUUUUACACAGCGUUCGCCAACACGUUCUCCCGCAACCUCAUUCUCACAUGCAAUCUACGAAAACGGGUAAUCUUUAGAAAGAUUGCAGAUGUGAAGAAGGAGCAGGAGCGCCAGAGGAACGAGGUGACACUCUCCAUUCCUGAAGACCACCCAGUUCGCAAGCUGUUCCAGAGGUUCAGACAGCAGAGAGACACCCAAACACAGGGAGAGUCUCCUACUUACUUUGAUCAUAACUGUGUGCAGGUGGAGCCGCAGCGCCACCAUCACUCCGACUCAAACUCGUACACGCAGUGUCAGUCUGUAUCUUCUCAGCAGCAGGAGUACAGCUCCACGGUGCAGAAUAACGCACCGUGCACAGGAGGAGGGAAUACAGGCAGCGGCUGCAGCAUGGCUGCACCUCCACAAGCAUUUGUCCACAUUGAGACAUCAGAGCAAAGCUGCACACAAGAGACUGGGGAGUCUAUAGCAAGGCCUUGUGCAGAGAGCCAGCUUUGUGAGAGGGUCAACAGCCCUGUACAGGGCAGUGGUGUGGGUGCAGAGGGAGCUGUAGGUGGCGUUACCAGCAGCAGAGGUGCACGAGGAUGGGCAAAGUUUAGAAACGCCGCUUCUGCUUCACCACCGCCUCCCGUUGUCGAGCCAGAAAAAGAGCCGCCGACAGCAGAAGAGUGGCCAAAAGAAUCCCAGUCCUCAGAACAGUUGGCAGCCGCCAGUAAGAACCAGGAUUCGGAGGAAAGUGGAGAGACGGGGAGCACGGAGGGGGUAAACGGUGCCGGAGAGGCCGGUGACCAAAUAAGCGCCAUGCACAAAACUGACUCCUGUGACAGUGGUAUCACAAAGAGCGAUCUACGCAUCGACCGAGCCGGGGAUUCAAGAAGCUCCUUUGAAAGAAGCCCGAUGGAGAAGAGCCCGAUGGAGAGAAACCCGUUUGAGCACAGUCUUGUGGUGGACUCCCUCAAACAGUCGUUUGUUCAGCCGUUGCCUGAACAAACACUCCUUCAAGCCACCCUGCUCGAGGCAAAGCUGGAGCUGAAGGGAGACAUUCAGAAUCUGAGCGGUCGCCUGUCGGUCCUUGAGUCUCAGGUAAACGAGAUCCUCAGGCUCCUGUCGAUAAAAAGAAGACUCUCUCUGCCACCGACUUCUUCCCCGAGGGGCAGAGUGAGAAAUCAAGACUCAGUCGCUGCCGCCAAGCGGGUCACACCGAAACAAGACGAUGGCCCUUUUUGAAUUGACUGAUUUCAAAACCCAGCCCCUGGUUGCAUGCAGAAACCCCUACUUAUUGUUACCUAAGCACUACAAAAACCCAGGGAUUUUUCUAAUAGUCUUUGACUUAUGAGGCACUUUUUUUUUUUUAAGAUUAUUUUUGGGGGCUUUUCCGCCUUUUAUUAGAUAGGACAGCUAGGCGAGAAAGAGGAGAAAAAAAGGGUAGAGAGAAAGGGAAGACAUGCAGGGAACCGUCACUGUAGACUAUAUUUGAGAAUGCCCAACAAACAGUAACAAUUAUUGAACAAACAAUUAAAAAACACUUUUUGUGAUACUAUUGCUAGGAAAUUAGUACAUUUUAGAAGCAUUAUAAACAGUGUAGAGCGACGUAUCGGAUACUCUGAUGAAGGCUUUUGUUGAAACAUCUGAGUCUGAUAGGAGCUGAUGUCAAGUCACUUUUUUUCUUUUCUUUUUACAUAUAAAAACAAAUUUUGAGUUCAGUUUGAGUUUCAUAAUCUUCUUGCUCUUUUUUUCUGAAUGUUAAUUUACAGUUUUUGGCAGAACACUUGACCAAAGGGGUAAAAGUGAGAGGGUUCACCUGUCAUAACUUUUCAUAAUAAUUUAAACAACUUUGACAGACUGGAGCUCAUUAACCAUUCCACAUGCACCAUGUAUGUUAAAUAAAUGUCUCCCUUUAGUUAUUAAUUGUCAGGUAAUAAUAUGUGCCUUACAAUAAUAAAGCCUCUUUAAGGACUGUUUUGAUGAGACAUAAUCAAAAAUCUUUACUAUUUUUGUGCACAUGUUUUAUAAUAGAAACAAUAACCCUGUUUGAGUUUUACCCCUUUUUGAAGGAUCAUGGAUGGAUUUUCUCAUUUGAAUCACUGCACUAUGUAUUCUUUUUAUGAAAUGUUUAGAAUCUAUUUAAAUUGCGUUGAGCUUUUCUUCCCUUGUUUGUGAAAUAGGAAUUCAAUAAUGGUAUUUUAAUAAUAUAUUUUAAUUGUUAACUAUCAUUAUCUCCAUUUUCUUUUAAAAUAUUUCUUUUACUUACUAUAUUUCAACAUGAAAUGAAACUGUACAUUCCCCCCUGUAACUAUAUGUCUUGCUCAGGUGUAUUUGCUCGAACGAUGAAUUUCAGUAUUUAUUUCAGUAUGAAUUAAUAUUUAUCUUUGUCUACUUGUAAGAUGAUAUAGUUAUGCAAAUCCUGGCUUUGGAUUGAAGAAGAUUUUAAAUGACGGGUUAUUGUACACACUGCUAUGUAACUCUAAAAGAACCAGAACGGUACAUGGGAAUGCAAAUAUUUGCAUUUUCUUCAUUCGGUUUGGAUAAGAAUAAUGUACAUUAACAAACAGCAUGGUUACAAUUUUAGUUCAUGAUGUUUUCUAAUAUUCUGUGGGACUGCGAAUCAUGUCAGUAUGAACUGUGAGGAUGUAAGCAUGUAACUUUUAGUCGAUUCAGUGCAUCUAUUUCAAAUAAGAUGCAUAAAUGACAUUGCAUGCAUACAGGGAACCUGUCAACAGUGAAAUGAAUAAUGAAAACUGAUUCCUGCUCGCCAUCUGGUGUUUAGUCUCCUCUGUUAUGCAACUAAAGUAAGUCACCCACCCAGGUGUUUAUAUAAAUGUGGCUAAUUGGACCUUUUCCACGACUAAUGGUCCGUUCACGUCACCUAGGACUAUCAGGGACCGCCCCCAUGAUUACGUUGUUUUUCCGACUGCCACCAGCUGUUGGCCGUGGCCUAGAGCAUCAGGUGUGUGAAAACAUGGAGGCCCCAAUAACAAAGGACACCCCAAAGCUCUUCAAUCACGCUUUACUUUCCUCGCUACAGUUUGUACAAGAGCUUAAAACAUGGCCUACUUGAAUUGGUUUACUUGUUACUGGCAAUAGAACACAACUUUUAUAACUAAUUUAAGUUACUCAGUGGACGACUAAAACCUAAAUCGAUAACAUAUUGUGGACGUUGGUAAAAUAUAUUGCAUGCAGGAAUUUUCUCUGUUUAGGAGAAGUUUAUAACCAUUCAACACAUUGGAACGAUCGUUGGCCGUGUUCCUGUACGUCAGCUGUCAACAAGUCACCAACUGAGAAACUGUUAGACAAUCUAGCCCCAGUUUCCCGCCUCUGAUUCCCACGUGAAGUGACGAGAAUGAUGACGUUUUCACCGGGAAAAUGUUUUUCCGAUGCCCAUGUGUGUGUGUGUGUGUGGUUAGACUGAGUGAUUGACAUCUUCCUGAGUCCACUGUUAGUGUUGUUGCACCUGUUAGGGCGGGA